AUGGAGGACUUGGAAAUCAUGGAAACCUUCAACCAUAAUUGUUCCAGGUUCGCAACAGAUUCCGGUCAGGUUCUCAACGUCUGCUUUAUGUUACUUCUGUCCGUUGCCAUAACGUUGGGUAACGUGGUCAGUCUGACCAUCUUCCUUGGCUCCCGACGUUUCCGGACCCCCCAGGGGUACCUGAAGGCCUCUCUGGCUACAGCAGAUCUAGCAGUGGGGGUACUGGUCAUCCCCUACUCCAUCCAUACAGAGAUACAGACACUACUGGCGGGAAGAGAAGAACCACAGCCACAGGGGUUUAGUCCCUGUUUCCUGAUAGGGCCCAUAUUCGCUGGGUGUACGUUAGUUUCAGUGACCACCAUCUUCAUGCUGUCAGUGGAGAGGGGUAUAACGGUGCUGAAACCCCUGCAUAAGAACCUGGUGGUGACCAGAGAAAGGACUCUGUGGCUGAUCGCCCUCUCCUGGCUGUUCUGCUUCCUCCUGGCUGUCUCCCCUCUCUUCCUCAGAGGCAAUAUCACUUUGGAGUACAACCUCUGCAGCAAGAUGUGCAACUACGCCCUCUCACCAGGAGAGAGGCAAUAUUAUCAAGAACAUAAGAGCACCACUUGGGGAGGGUGGAGUGUGAUGCUUCUCUUCCCCACCUUCGACAUCUCUCUCCUGGGGGCCACCUCAGUCGUCAACCUGGUCACCUUCUCUGCUGUCCGCCGCUUCUGCCGCGCAAGGAAGCAAGUGCUCACUAAAGCUCAACACACACACACGGGUCCGGCAUAUUCCGACCUGCGAGCGGCCAAGACCAUUCUCAUCCUUACGGCCUUCCUCUUAGCCUCGGUGGUCCCUGUGGCAGUUCUCGUGGUGGGGAGUGUUCUAGGUGUAGACUGGUGCCGGUUCUCCCGCUAUGCCUUCUGGCUUCUAGCCUGCAGUAGUGGGUGGAACGUUCUGAUCUACAGUGCACGGGACCGCCGGUUCCGUCAGAGGGUGCAGGAGCUGUUCCUGGGGAAAGGGGGCAGCAGGAGGCGGGUACAGGGGGGCGCAGAGCCUGGUCGGACCCCUGCGGUGGCUCAUUGGGGUAGAGGAAGGUCGGGACGCUGUGUGGCGGUCAUCAGUAAUGUCUUGACCCCUGACUUUACAGUACUCACCCCAGAGAUCACCAUCAGACAUGAGGUCACCACGGUCACCAGUCUUAGGAGGACAGAAGACAGAUGA